AUGAAUUUUGAAGACGAAAAAAAAAAAAUUAAUAAUCCAAUUAAGGUUUAUAAGGACGAAAAAUGGAACAAAAAAAAACUGUCCUUUUUCAACGGAUUUGAUGACUUCAAAAUUGAUUAUUCGUUUCACACACAAAAAAAACAUUGCCCUGAAGCAAUUAAAAAUUCGUUAGAUAACGAGAAUGAUAACAACUGCAUAUAUAAUAAAGAUGAUAUAAAAAACUUAAUUAAAAUAAUAAGCCAUAACCACAUUGAUAAGCAUUUCUAUUUUAAAAAAUUAAGUGUUAAUGAUUUAUGUAAAACAUUUCUCUAUUCGAAUUUUUUAGCAAAGUCAUUAAUACUAUACCCUUCUCUAAUUCACCAUUUUGAAAGUAUUAUAGAAAAGUUAAAAAAAAUAAAAAAUGAAACAUCUUUUCCAUUAGUCGACGAUGACAAUUUUAUAUUUUCCCCAUAUAAUUCAAAUCCAAAUGAGUGUCAUCAAAUUGGGUGCAAUGACUCCACUCAAAAUAUUGCCUUCAAUAACAUUAGUUUAAUUAAAAAUGAAAAAAAUGUGAUAAAAAAUUCGAAACAAAAAUUUUCUUUUUCAAAUGCUGAAAAGGUUACAAACCUAUCGAAUCAUUUUACACCUGUUGAAGAACGAAAAAGCACCACAACAGGUAAGAACAUUCAAGAAGAUCAUUUACAUAGUACAACAAAUAGUAGUAACGAGAAAUUUAUUAAUAUAGAUAAUCUAAGCGAUGAUAAAAUAAAGAUAGAUUCUUUGGUGGAAUUAAAUGAAACUAAUAAGAGUUAUAAUAGUUUUGAUUAUAACCAACAAAUUACAGCAAAAGGGGAAAAUGCAGAUUUCUCACCGUGCGAUGGUACAUCUAAUUAUGAAUAUAAAAAAGUAGACAAACAAAAUGUUUUCCAAAAUUCUGAUAUAAUUAUGAACAGUUCUUAUUGCACUAAUAAUUCACAUACUAAAGAUGCAAAGCAUGCGUACGACGGAAGUAAUGGAAAUAAAGGCAUAAUUAGGGACACUCCCAAUAUUCCCAAAUCAUCAAUGGAUAAAAAUGUUCGUGUUUAUAAAAACAUAAACGAGUAUGACAUAAUUGAGCUCAAAAUAAGCGCUUCUUUUAACAACAAAUAUAUAUGCCGAUAUAUAGGUAUCCAUAGCGGAAUGACGUUAUACAACAUACAUAGAUGCAUUUGCAUAUGCUUAGGAGUAAAAAAAGAAGACACGGAUAACUAUUUGCACGUUUUUAUACUAAACAAUGGAAAUAUUUAUGGUAGCGGGAAAAAAUGUAGCGUUAGUAUUAUCAGGAAAAUUCAAAUAAACACAGAUCGCCAUAUUACCUUUAAGCAUAUAAUAAAAACCCCUCUAUAUCUUUAUAAAGAAAAGGAUGCAAAUAAAAAUAACAUUAACAAAAAAUUCCCAACAAAAUGUGUAAACACAUUCAGUGAUAAGGCUUCUCCAAGUAGGGAAAAUCGUUACGAUGUUGCCAUAAAUCCGAACGAGGUAAUGCAUAAUCUUAGUGAGAAUGACCCAAAUGAUAGCAACCCAAAUGAGAGCAACCCACACAUGAACGAUAUAAACGUGAACGAUAUAAACAUGAACGAUAUAAACGUGAACGAUAUAAACAUGAACGAUAUAAACGUGAACGAUAUAAACGUGAACGAUAUAAACGUGAACGAUCUAAACGUCACUGGAAAAUGCAUAAGCGAGAAAAUCAUGUGCAACCCAAAGGACGGUAACAAAAACGUGAGUAAUGAUACCAAUUCAAGCAUGUUUGCAAACUUGGGGCACGCUAGGAAUGACCAAAACUUUAGAACGUUAAAUGGAAUAGAUAAUUAUGAUCUGAUGAACGGCAUCGAUAAAGUUACAUCUAUAAACAAUUUCAAUGCUAACAUAUCAAAUUUAAGUACUACUGGAAGCUUAAAUCAGUAUGACAACUUAACUAAUUCAUCUGACAUUUUCCACAAUAACAUAGAGGGGUAUACAUCCCAAAACCUUAGUGAUCACAUUAUCAAUAACAGAAGGAAUGACUGCAGCGAUAGUCUCAUCGGGACAUUUUGUAAUCGGACUAUUCCUUUUAAAAAUAAUAACCAGUCUAGUAUAUUAAAUGGGAUCAAUUAUUUGGGAGAAAAUUUGCACAAAAUAAGUGCUUCUUGUAUGAACAGUGGUCAUACGAACGGAGAGAAUAUGGACAGCGGUAAUAUGAGCAAAGAGAAUACAGAAAUCUGUAAUGUAAAUUAUAACCAACAUUAUGACCUAAGAAUACCGAACAUAAACAUAAAUAUGUAUCCUAUUCAAAACAUAAAUAUGAAAACAAACACAACCUCCAACAGUUUUCAUCUGAACGAAUAUAAAUUCGAUCUAGAAUUACAAAAAGGUAAUCACAAAAUAAAUGAAAAUAAGAACAGGGAUGUGAAUCUAUCCAGCAUGGAUGGCAAUUAUACCAGAAAAGAAAAUGCCCAAAAAAUGGAAGACAGAACUAUCAUAGAUGGAAAUUACGAACAGGUGAAGAGAAAAAAAGAACAGAAUUUAAAAAAUUGGAAAAAUGAAAAUUAUUAUCAUAUCAAUGGUAAAAACAACAACAUCUUCCACAAUAAUGAGCAACCCUCUUGUGAUGACACGACACUUACUGAAGAACUACUCCUAAAUAAGCAAAAUACAGAAACAUAUAAAUUGAACCACACUAACUGUGAUAGUGACAACCAUUAUCUAUACAUAAACCGUCAGGAGGAAAACACGAAUUUUAUAUUUAAUAACACUACUAAUGAGAAUAACCCAUAUAAACAUAUCAUAUCUACAGUUUCUCCUACAAAAACUGAUGACACUUACCAUUCAAAUAAUAAUUAUACAAACAAUAUAGAACAAAAUGAUGUAAAUAGCUACCAUUUAAAUAGUAUCAAAAUAGUUGAACAAGACAAAUUUACAAAUUUAGACAUGAAUUCAAAUUCUUUUUAUGCCAUGAAUUCAUCUCCCACGUUUAAUGCCAAUAUAAAUUAUAACCCCCCAAUUCAUACACACAAUUUAAGUAACAAAAAUGAAAUACAGAAUAUACAAAAUAUAAGCAACUCAAAUUAUUCAUCUGUUGAUAAUAACUCCAUAAGCGACAAUUCUUCAAACCAUUUUUUUUUUCUUCCAAAUCAAACAAACACUAGUAAUUUACCUGAUAUUUCUCACAAUCUAAAUUCAUUAAAUAUGAUAAAUUAUUCUUUUUAUAACCAUAGAAAUGAGCAGACGAUUCAUAACAAAAAUUACACAAGGAUCUGUAGUUAUAAUGACCAUAUACAUAAUCAAGAUAAUCCCAUGGGGUAUAGAAAAUUAAUGAACAACCCUUUUGAUGAUAGGGAAACAUUCCAUGUUAACAUGCAAAAUUUGUGUAUGCAGUCUAAUGAUUUUCAUUUUACAAAUAAUUCCACGUAUACCAGUGGAUCUGAGAUGAACCCCUUUAUCAAUAACUCAUUUUUAGAUGCUUCUCAUGUUUCCAAUAUACCGUAUGAGAACUAUUUCAAUACCAAAGAGGUAAAUAACUACUGGUUAGAUUCAAAACAUCAAGGUGUAGAUACUGGUAAGGAUUUCAAAAAUAAAUACGAUUUAGAAAACAAGGAAGAAAUGAAACAUAAAGAGAAUACUAACUUUCACAUUGGAAAAUGUAAUGCUGAAGUUAACUCUGAGUAUAAUGCAUCUGCUGAUAACAACUCCAAUGUAAAUAAAGAUUACAUUCCCUGUAUCAUUAACAAUUCCUCUUCUAAAAUUCAUCUAAAUGUAUAUUCAAACACAAACCUGGACAAUCAACGCAACAACCAAGUUGUUCAAAAAGAAACGAUUGAAAACUUGGAGAUUCAACAAUCCCACAAUUAUGAUAAUCAAAAUGAUAGACAACAGAACACAAACAGAGAAACCCAUGGUGGAAAAAAAUAUGGCAUAACAGAAUCAAAACCAAUAAGUCAUGAAGGAAAAUCGAGUCGAAAAAAAGAAAAUGGUAAUAACGAACAUAUCGACAUGCACGACACAUGUCAAGAUAUAGAAGUAUAUAAGGAAAAACAAGAUUUCAGUGAUAAUAAAAACUACAAAGGAACACAUGAAAAAAGUCCAAAAGGUAGCAAAAAUGAGAGUUAUAUCAUAGAGGAAAGAGAUAAAGACCAAACAAAGAAUAGAAUAAAUGAAGGAGAAAAUCAAACAGAAAACGAAACAAAAAAUCAGAAUGGCGAAAAGGAUAUUAAAAAAAAUCAACCAAACAUGCAGAUGUAUAAAAUAAAUUCAAACAUGAGGGUAAAAAAUGCCAAAUAUAAAGAUGACAAAUUUGCGCAAAAAACUACAAGUGUAGACGAACAAAAGGAUAAUGAAUCUUCUGGAAAAAUUAGUAACAACUCGUAUGAUAAUCCCAAUGAAAAUGUGAACAUUUUAUUUAACUGUCAUUCAGAUAAGAUUAAACAAAAUGACAUUUGCAAUGGACAAGGGAUAGAUAAAAAAACUAAUAACGAAGGAGAUUAUUUUAGUCCCACAAUUAGUAAAAUGAUGUGUGAAAAAAAAAUUGAAAAUUAUACACAUUCCAGCAUUCCCUACCAUGUCCUAAAAACGAAAGAAAAAACUUCAUUAAUGGAAAGUGCACAAUCUCAUAAUAGUUUAAACACUAUAGAUGAUGACAUUAAUAAUAGCACAUUGAAAAAUACAGAACAGAACAAAGAUUCCACUUUUCACAACAUUUUUAGUGGUACAGAAGGGGGAAAAAAUGUUUAUAAAUCAGAUUAUCAAAUACAAAAUAAUAAUUUGAAGGAAAAAAUAAACGACGAACAAAAUUAUGAAUGUUUACAAAACGGUUUGCAAACAACAUCCGGUCCCAACCUUAUGUGUGAUAAGAAUAUAAGUAAUUUCUCUUUCACUGACUUAACUAAAAAUGAGAAAAUAAAAAAUAUAUCCAUAAAGGAACAUAUAAUGGAAGAACAUAACAAGGUGGUUUACUCUUCCCAUGGGGAGGGUGAAAGUGACGUGCAAGAAAAAUCGGAAGUACCUAACAUGUCCAAUAAAAAUAAAACAAAAUGUGAAUUAAACAGUUAUACGGAGUUAAAAGAGAUGGAUACCUCAAACAAUGGAAGCAUAGAAAAAUGUGAAAAAAACAGCUAUGUACCCAUUUUUAUUAAUAACAAAAUGGAAUCAAAGGAACGACAAAAAGAUCCUACAAUUGAUUAUAAAGAGGGAAAAGAUGAAAAUUUUAUACAACCAAAAACGCAUAUAUUCCUUAAAAAUAACAAAAUUAAUGAAGAUAAUAAAGAUACAAAUUUUUCUACUUCUGAACAAAGGGAUGAAAAUCCUUCAAACAGUAUCAACGAGAAGGAUCAUGGAAUUUUAGAAUAUGAACCAUAUUUAAAUGAAAAACUUAAUAAUGAAGAAAACUGUAUAUCUUUCAGCAAAGAAAAGAUUUAUUUGGAGCAUAUACAAAACAGCAUUAUAAUUACUCCAAAUGGAAACAACAAUAAUAAUAAUAAUAUCACAACCAAUCACAUCAAUGAACCCAAUGAAGCAAUACAGAUGAAUGAAUUCAGAAGAAAAAACGAAUCCAGUUUAUUUCAUCACAAACAUGUAAAAGGGGAUACUAAACACGGGAACACAAAAUUGUCUAACGAAAAUUUUUACAAAAAUAAAAAAAUAAAUUAUAUCGAAGGAAAUAACCUCCCAAGCAACAGUGGUACGUUAAACAGCAGUGGUGAAUCAGGUGUAGGAGACAAUGUCACGCAAAAUAAAUAUCCCUAUGAUUUCCAGAAGACAAAAAUCUUGGAGGAUUAUGUUCCCUAUGGCAAAUGCACUAACUAUAAUGCUAACAAAACCCAAUAUUCACACAAUUUAGAAAAAAAUUGCAAUGUAGAUACUAAUUCAUCACUUUAUUUUAAAACAAAUAAUUCAAAUUCUAUAUGUAUGCAAACAGGCAAUGAACAAAACAAAGACAAUAACAAUAACUAUAGUCAAUAUUACAUGAACACAUUUCCUAUAGAUCAUCAAAGUGGCACAAAUUUCUUAAGUGCAGGAAAACAUUUUUCAAAUAAUAAUAGUUUACGUACCACUUCAAAUAACUCUACAAAUACCACUCCAAAUACCAUUUCAAACACGCUGAUGAACAUAGAUACAGCAGCACUUGAGAUGGCUGAUUAUACUUAUAACAGUGCCCAUAAGACGAACUUAAGCACAGAUAGAAAUACGCUUUAUUUUCAAAAUUUUAAUUACCCUGAACAUAUGAGUGAAAAAUCUCAGCUGAAUUAUAACAACCUUAUAACAAAUGAAAAAACCUUGCAGGAACAUCCUCCUCCAUAUUUUGCUGAUUCCAAUUCAUUGCACAAAGUGUUAGAUAAGACCAAUUCCAGUUCCGAAUUGUUCCAAAGUCAGAAUAAAGAAAAUUCAGAAAAGGAAAAUAUCAGGAUUGCAAAAAUGAGCGAAUACAAUAACACAACAGUGGGAACUAACCAUCACUAUAUCAACAGUACCAAGGGACACAUUACAUGUAGGGACAAAAAUUCAUGUAUUCAUCAUACAUCUGCUACACUAUCUGCAACUGAUUCUAUUAACAAUGAAAGUGUAAAAUGUUUAACCCAUCCUUCGAUUCAUGUUCCAUCCACAAACUACACUAACUGUGGAUACCAAUUUAAUGAACAAAAAAAUCUCCAGCAUGAACAUCGUAACUUAUAUGACUUACCUAAAGCAAAUUAUUCUCCAUAUCUGGAAAAUAACAACCUUAUAAAUCCCUCCCACGAUUAUACAUGUGAUACUUCUAUCUUCAUGAAGAAUGAUAACAUAAAUGAUUUUUCAACAAAGUACAACAUUAAUAACUUAGGAAAUGCAGAUAAUAAUAUUUUAGGACAAGACUACUAUUAUAAUGUAAACCAAGGAGGGUAUCUAAAUAUGAACAAUGAAGGGAUAAAUAAUUUUAUGCAUGUCGAAGAAAUAAAUCAAAGAGGUUUCGUUACAAAAAUAAAUGAGAAAGGUUCUAAUGAUUACAUGGAAAAUAUCCCUAAUCAAGGGAAUACAAAUGUAGGGGAAGUGCCAGAUCAAAGGAACCCCAAUUUGAAAGAUAUACAAGAUGAUAACAUCAUAAUAAAUGAAUGUAUUAAUUCCAAGGAUAUGAAAGAAGGAAACGAAAACAAUUUCGAAGAAAACAAAUCCAGCUUUUCUAUGCUCUACUUAUUUGGAAAAGUGAAAUUCUACAUCAGCAUUAUUGAUAUUAUUCAUAAUAAAACGAAUUCACAUGAUCUACUCUGGGUUCCCAGAUGUUGUAAUGGAAGUCAUGGAACUUUUUUAAAAAAUAAUUAUUUAAACACGAGUGAAAUAGAUAAAUAUAUUCCUGAAGAUCACAUUGAUAUCGAUUGUAUAAACCUAAAAUUAAUGGAGACAAGAUUUAGCAAAAAUGUAGCUAGCUCAAGAACUACCAAAAGAAAAAGAAUGAUUGAUAUUGACAAAACGGUUUUACAUUUUUAUAAAGAACAUAUUAGUGAAUUCUUUAAUAAUAAAAAUAAAAUUAUUAGACUCACCAAAAAAUUAUGUAAAUAUAAAAAAAAAAGAAAAUAUAAUAGUAGUGAUAAUGACAAAUGCUUUGGAAACGGCAAAGUACACCCUUAUGAGAAGCGAACAAAUGCAAGUAAUAAGACGCCCAAUGUUGCCAAGUAUAAAGGAAAAAGGAAGGGAGGUCGUCAUACUACCAAUAGUCAGGAAGCUACCGAAGAUCCUAGUAUGGAUGGGGAAAAUGAGGCAGAAAAUGAGAUCGAAAAUGAGGUCGAAAAUGAGGUCGAAAAUGAGGUAGAAAAUGAGGUAGAAAAUGAGGUCGAAAAUGAGACAAGAAAUGAAGCAGAUGAGUAUGCUCAAAAUUACACUCAUUUUUAUUCUCCAAAUUAUACCAAUGGAGAAACUGAGUGUCACUGCUAUAUUCAACCAGCUGACAAUAAUAACAACUACUACUACUGCCAUAAUGAGAAGGAAAUGCAUAAAGAAAGGAUAUGUGAAAAAAGCAUACUGUUAAACAAUAAUUUUAUUAACAACGAAAUUAUGAACAAAGGCACCAACAGAAACAACAACAAAGUCUUAAAUCAGAGUAAUAUGAUUAAUAACGAACAAGUUUUUACUGACACAUUUGUUAAUGACAUGUACAAUGAUAUAACAAUCAGAAAUAUAAAUACGAAUAAUUUUUUUCCAAAAAUAAUUAAUAAUAAUUUUAAUCAACAUAAUGAUGUUCUUACACCUCAUCAGCAUGAAAUUAGUGCAUAUACAAACUUAAAUGAUGGAGUCUCUACUUAUGUUAAUGGAACACUAAAUAAUUAUAUAUCUAACCCGUACUAUAGGAAUUCAAAUGGUCAGUAUUUCAAUAAUGAUAAUUCAAAAGCUUUUAAAUCAAAUUUUUCAAAUAACACAAAUAAACGAAAAAGAAAAAAUCACACAAAAUCUGACAUAAGUUCUUUUAGUACGAACAACACAAGUUCGAAAGCUGCACUCAACUUAUCUCAGAUACUUGAAGGUAAUAAUAAUUUUAUUAACAUAUCAAAUACUUUUAUUAAUACAAAUUUUGCAAAAGAGCUUCAGCAAACUAACGAAUUAUUGGUUAAACAGAACAACUUCGAUUUAAAUAUCUUGUCUGGAGGUAUAAAUCCAAACCAGUAUAAACAAUAG